AUGAACACAUUUGUUAUGACAGUUAUAACAAAAGAAUUCGAUGGUAUCUUUCUAAUCGGUAUUAAUCGACCAACAAAAAAAAAUUGUGUAAAUCACGAGACGGCCGUUCAACUGUUAGAGGCUUUUAAGAGCUUUAAUGCGACUCCCAAGCACAAGGUGGCCAUUUUGUAUGGAGAAGGAGGCACUUUUUGUGCCGGCUACGAUCUUCAGGAAGUUUCCGAGGGUCGUCACAUGGAAAAGGGACCGGAAUUUGUCGAUUUCAUUCAGAAACAUCGAUUUUUAGGACCCACAAAUUUGAAAAUCGAGAAGCCGAUAAUCGCCGCAAUUGAAGGAUACGCGGUGGCUGGGGGUUUCGAGUUGACUCUAAUGGCCGAUCUCCGAGUUGUCGCUGAUGACGCGAUAAUGGGAGUUUUCUGUCGACGAGUUGGCGUCCCGUUGAUCGAUGGUGGUACCGUUCGAUUGCCAAAGAUUAUCGGUCUUGGCCGAGCACUUGACAUUAUCCUAACCGGUAGAGAUGUUUACGCUAAAGAGGCAAAAGAGAUUGGAUUAGCGACUAUGAUUUCACCAAAAGGCCAAGCACUUAAUAAAGCAAUCGAUUUGGCUCGGCUUAUUAUGAAACAUCCCGAGGCUUGCAUGUUGACUGAUCGUCAAUCGGUCUUCAAUUCGUCACAAUGCUCGCAUGAUGACGCGAUGGGUUUUGAGUAUGAGAAGGGACAAGAAGUUCUUGUUGAGGCUAUUGAAGGAGCCAAAAAAUUCACCAAGCGUUCCCGAAGCAAGCUG